UUUUGCAUUUGUGAUUCUCCAAACUCUGCGGCGUUCUCAAAGUUCGGACAGUGUGGCUUGUUCUUCGCGCUUAACAUGGAGGACCCUCUGUCAUUCACAGAUGUGUCCAUUGAUUUCUCUGCAGAUGAGUGUGAAUGUCUGGACUCUGCUCAGUGGAAUUUGUAUAAGGAAGUGAUGUUGGAGAAUUACAGCAACCUUGUGUUCCUGGGUCUUGCUUUCUCCAAGCCAUACCUGGUCACAUUUCUGGAGCAGAGUUCAGAUCCGUGGAGCAUGAAGAGGAAAGAAUCAGCGGCCAUCCAUCUAGGAUCAAAACCCCAUAAAUGUAAAGAGUGUGGAAAGGCCUUUGAUAGGAACUCAGUCCUUAUUCAACAUCAAAGAAUUCAUACUGGAGAGAGACCCUACAAAUGUGAAGAAUGUGGCAAAUCAUUUAAUUAUUCUUCCAGCCUUAAACAACACCAAAGAAUUCAUACUGGAGAGAAACCCUACAAAUGUGAAGUGUGUGGCAAAGCUUUUAACUGUUCUUCAUAUCUGGGUAAGCAUCAAAGAAUCCAUACUGGAGAGAAACGAUACAGAUGUGAAGAAUGUGGUAAACCUUUUACUAAUUGUUCAGGACUUAUUGUUCACCGAAGAGUACAUACUGGAGAGAAACCCUACAAAUGUGAAGAAUGUGGCAAGGCCUUUAGUGUUCGCACAACACUCUCUAAACAUCAGAGAAUUCACACUGGAGAGAAACCUUACAAAUGUGAUGAAUGUGGAAAGACUUUUAAUGUACACUCAACACUUUCUAAACACCAGAGAAUUCACACUGGAGAGAAACCUUACAAAUGUGAAGAAUGUGGCAUGGCCUUUAAUGUUCGCUGCAUUCUUUCUAAGCACCAGCGAACUCAUACUGGGGAGAAACCGUACAAAUGUAAAGAAUGUGGCAAAGCAUUUAACUGUUCUUCCAGCCUUCACCAACACCAACAGAUUCAUAGGGGAGAGAAACUCUAUAAGUGUGAUGACUGUGGGCAGGCCUUUAGCUGUUCAUCAUAUCUGUAUAAGCAUCGUCGAAUCCAUACUGGCAUGAAACCCUACAAAUGCAAGGAAUGUGGCAAGGCCUUUUACUGUUCUGUAAAUCUUAUUUACCACCAGAGAAUUCAUACUGGAGAGAAACCAUAUAAAUGUAAUGAGUGUGGGAAAGCCUUUAGCAUUUGCUCAACGUUUUUGAAACACCAGCGAAUACACAGUGGAGAAAAACCCUAUAAAUGCAAAGAAUGUGAGAAGGCCUUUAAUAAUUGUUAUAAUCUAAUUCAACACCAAAGAAUUCAUACUGGAGAGAAACCCUACAAAUGUAAAGACUGUGGCAAAGCCUUUAAUUAUACUUCAAGCCUUGCUCAACAUGAAAGAAUUCACACUGGAGAGAAACCCUACAAAUGUGAAGAAUGUGGCAAGGCCUUUAACUCUUCCUCAAAUCUUAAACACCAUUGGAGACUCCAUACUGGUGAGAAGCCUUACAAAUGUGAACAAUGUGGGAAAGCCUUUAAAAACUGCUCAGGCUUUACUCGACACUAUAGAAUUCAUACUAGAGAAAACUCAGAUUAGUACAACCAUGUUGCAAAGCCUUCCAUAAUCAUUUACUGAUAAUUCGACACUAAAGAAUUCAUAUGAGAGGGGAACUUUAGAAAUGAAAGGAACAAGGGAAGACCUUUAAUAAUAGCUCAACUCUUAUUCACCCUCUUCCAUUAAACGGAGGAGAAAUCUUGUAAUGUGAAGAAGAUGGCUGUAAUGAACAAUCUAUACUUAUGAAACAUCAAAAUUUUCAUUUUACAGAAACCCUGCAAAUGCAAGUAAUGGGGGAAAUGCACACUCACCACGAGUGAAUUAUAAUCAAACUGUAUACAUGCAUAAUGACUCGGGAAGGAACACUGUCAAGUACAUAAAACUGAGACAACCGAACUCUUACAGUAAGAAGCACUGUGUACACUGUGUUGCAAGAGCACAUGGAUCUUAAGAGAUAUAAGAGACAAAUCCCAGGAGUUGUAUAGAAUUUUAGCAAAGCAACAAAUACUGCUUAUAACCGGCAGGAAAAUGUUUGGCCUGAUAUAAGAACUCAUUACACACUUUGGAUCAUGCAGAUAAGUCUGUGAGGACAUCAGUAUGUUAUCAAUCCAAAUUAUAAGCUCAGUUUUUACAAGUGAAAAGAUCACAAGGACUAGUGAUUUUAUCAGAAGAACAAGACUGAGUCCUGAGGUUUCCGAGUCCUUUUUUUUCCCCAAAGUCCAUAGAUACAUCAUUGGAAUAUGAAGUUUAUUAAUUUUUGUAAAUAAAAACAAGCUGUUAUU